AUGUAUAUGACAUCAUCAUUCGAUUUUUGUAUGCGUUAUUUAACUAAAAAUACAAUUACAGGUUGUUCAUCUAAAAAAUCAGGUAAUCAUGGUCGAUUAAUUGUUAUAUCUUCAUUAAAUGAUCUUCAAUCAUAUAAAUAUUCACAAUCUAUUAUUAUUCUUAUACCUGCUCAGAAGGAUAUCCUUGAUUUUGCUAUAUUUCAUUCACCAAUGGUUGUUGGAAUACUUAUCGAUGGAGAGACUAUGAAUAUAACAAAUAAUUAUUUUACGGAAGUUAGUACUUGUCCAGAUGAUUAUAUUGGUUCAUCAAAUUGUUCGAUUAGAAAGAAUAUAUAUGGAAUUGAUUUUCGUGGAAUAAAUAUAGAUAAACCGAUUUUUUUAAUGACAAAUCAAACAGUUGUUGAUGAAUUAAAAAAACUGAGUUAUGUGUAUAAUGAACAACAAAUAUCGAAAGAUAAAUAUAUUGGUGUACAUAUGAAAUCAUAUCCAUAUGGUACUAAAAAUGCUCAAGUUUGUAAUCGACGAUCAAAAUCAAGUUAUUUCGGUGAAGCAUACUUUAAACAUUAUUCUAUUAAAUGUCGAAGUCCAAUGAUUAAUAUUGUAUGGGGUACAUUCAAUGCUAUUUCAAUGAAAAAUGUUCGUCCUGCAAAAUCUGUCAUCAUUUUUUAUACAAAAUUUGAUUUCUUUUCUAUUUUUCAACCAAAAAAUGCUGGUGUUCAAUCAACAGGAUCAGGUGUAAUAACUUUACUUAGUUUAGCUUGGAUAUUAGGCCAGAUAAAUUUAAGUCAUUUACUAAUAUCAAAUAAAAUUAAUAAAGAUAUUCUUCUUUUAUUUCUUAAUGGAGAAAAUUGGAAUUAUUAUGGUACAUUUGAAUUAACAAAAAUGAUUUUAAAUGGAAAAUUUCCUUAUUAUACAGAUAAAACAUCAGAUCAAGAUAAUUUACAUCCAAUUGAAGCGGAACAUAUUGAUCUUAUAAUUAAUAUUGAUCAAUUAGGUAUUAAUGAUAGAGAUACAUAUAUACUAUAUGAUAAUAUUCAUCCAUUUCUUCAAAAAUUCAAAGAUAUUUCAUCUAUUCCAAUAACUUUUCAACAAAUACCAAAUCCUAUGAAUUUAUUUGCUGAUUUUCAUCUAUUAAAUAUUAGCACAUUAGCAGUAUUAACGAAUGCUUAUCAGUAUAUGAAUCCAUUCUAUAAUAGUUAUCAUGAUACUUUAGUACAUGCGAAAGAUUAUACACAAAUAGAAAAUCAUAUACAUACUUUAUUAAAAACAAUUUGUACUUAUUUUAAUUUAUUAAUAUGUAUAAAUGAUUUAUCUAUUGAAAUUAAAUCUGCAUUAAAUAAUCGAAUUCAAGCAUUAUUUGAUUGUUUUUUUCAAUCGAAUUGUACAAGUAUAAUAUCUGAAACGAAUGAAACAGGUGUAUUUUAUUUUCAAGAAAUUUCGAAUAAUAUGAAAGAAAAUUUCUUAUUUUUACAACCUGUUUUACAUCAAUCUGAUACUCUAUCAUAUAUAAAUAAUCAUUUUCUUGAUGCAUCAUCUUAUAUUCAUGAUAUACUAUUAAAUUGGAUAGCAACACGAACGAUUACUACAACUAAAAAUGAAUGUUAUGAAAAAGAAAAUGUUUUUCGUUCGAAAAUUUAUCAAGAAUCAACAGAAACAUGUUUACGUGUUUCGAUGAAUUCAAUUAAUUUAAUACGCAAUACAGAUGAAAUAAUUGAUGAUCGAAUUAUUUUUACAUCAAAUUAUGAUGAACCUGAAUUAUUGUUUUAUAUGAUAAAUAAUACAAAAAGAGAUAUUAUUAUGCUUAUAUGUGGUAUAAUACUUUUCUUAUGUGGAUUUAUUUUAACAUAUUUUCUUAAAGAAUUAUCACGUGUACUAUUAAAUAAAGAUGAAUAA